AUGGCGUCUCCGGUAAAAGUAAACGAAGAAGUUGAUCCUGUAAAAGAAGAUUUUGCUGAUUUAUUGACUUGUUCUAUUUGUCUUGAAACAUUUAAACAGCCAAAAUAUUUACCGUGCUUACACACCUUCUGCGAAACAUGUAUAAAUACCUAUAUUGUUUCAACCGUGAAGGAUGCAAUGGCAUGGUGUACGGUUUGUGAGGAGGCAUACUGCGAUACCUGUGAAGCCAAUCACAAAACAUUCAAAGUGACACUAAAUCACAAGAUAGUACCGAUCAAAGAUAUAAAUGAAGAUACGUCCAUUUCAAAUAUUUGUGCGUCUGUCGCUUGCGACGAACACCCAGACAAGUUAAUCGAAAUAUACUGCAAGGAUCAUUCCCAUCCAUGUUGUACCAUUUGUGCUACUGUACACCACAGAAAAUGUGAACAAGUUAUUACCAUAGAUAAAGCCGUAUCCGGAGUAAAAGAAUCUACAAAAGCACAGGAACUGACGAAGAAGUUAAAAGAAACAAGUCACAAACUAGAAGAAAUUAUUCAAAACCGAAAUCAAAACACAACAAAUUUCGAAAACGAAAUAGAUGGUAUCUUAGUCGAAAUUGCAAACGCGCGCAAAACGUUAAAUGAAAAAUUGGAUCAACUAGAAAACGAAAUAAGAGAAGAAGUAAUCAGUGCUAGAAAAGUCAAUAUACUCAGACUUAGUGAAGAGUCUACUGAACUGUCAGGCCUGAAGAGUACAUUUGAUCACUGGAAGACUAUGUUUGAGGCUUGCUUAUCCCAGGGUUCUGAAAUACAAUGCUUGGUCAAAAUGGAGGAGAUUUACAGGAAAAUUCCACAGUACGAAGAUGAUUUGACUAAAGUUAUACAGGGAAUUAAGGACAUAUCGCCAUUAACUCUGGUAAGGACAUUAAAUACAAGUGUUCAAAUGUGGGGAUUAUGUUGUGUAGACGAUGAGUACAUGAUUGUUAACAAUAAUUAUAUUUAUUGGUUGAACGCUCAAACGGGUGCUAUCAUAAAAGAAUUCCCAAUAGGCACAGGCUCUAGCAUACGUUUCGUCACUUGUUACCGGAAAAGUGAAUACAUGUAUUGGGAUGGUCAACUCACUGUAAAAUUUGAAUCAGCUCCCAGAAAAAACUUUCAGUAUAACCAUAGUAAUUUAUCAAAUUCAUUCAAUCAGGAAAUUGACGGAGAAGGGAAUAUAUACGUUGUAGGAUACUGCUCAAACAACAUCCAUCAGCUGACCCCUACUGGUGAACUUAUCCGUAUCAUUCCUGUAUCAGAUAUCGACAAUACAGUAACAAAUCCUUGGGUAAUGCGCUUCAAACGAAAAACUAACCAGUUUCUUCUAACGUUUCAUGAAUCGGCAGGUCCAGUGCUAGUAUGUGAAAUUGAUUAAACUGUUACUGAUGAACUGUUAUAUGGUAUUCAAAAUUCUGCGUAGUGAAUCAAUAAAAUAAUAGCAACUGUUUAA